AUGGGUCGUCAAAGAAUCGAGGUGCACAAAUUGGAAAAGGCUAGUAACCCGCAGGUUACAUUCUCCAAAAGGAGGUUUGGCGUUUUCAAGAAAGCCAGCGAGCUCUGCACCCUCAGUGGUGCAGAGAUUGCUCUAAUCGUAGAUUCUCCAGCAAAGAAGACAUAUUCGUUUGGCUACCCUUCUAUGGAAGCUGUUAUUGACCGCUAUGAGAACAUGAAUGCUCCCUUGGCGAACAACGGCAACACUGAGCAGCUCAUGGAGGCUGCACGUAGAAGACAAACACACUAUUUGAUGGCGGAGUUGGAUGCUAUCAAUGAGGAUCUACACAAAGAGACACUGAAGAGAAAGGUGCUUAAUAAAAAGGAGAAGGCUGGCCAGACUCAGAAUUGGUAUGAGAGGUCCGUUGAUUGCAUAAACGAUAAAGAACAAUUAAACUUCUUCAAGAAUGUAUUGAGGGAGCUAGGCGAUAUGGUGGCCCAACAUUCUGAAAUGCUGCGGCAAAAGCAGGUUGGACUAAUGCAGCAAAACGCUGCAAUGGUGCAGCAAGCCGAGCUGAUGCAGCAAAACACUACUAUUGGGGCUAUUAGGGACCUCAUGCAACCGAGGGCAGCUGCUGCUCGGCCGUUUUAUAGGGGGAAUUCUUCGAGCAGCAAUGUGAUGAAUCCCUAUGGUCCUAUGCCUUCUUCUUCUCCUCUACCUCCUCCUGCCGAACCCUGGAAUCCAAAUCUUGAAAGUCGCCAAUUUUUCUAA